AUGGCCGGGGCGGGGCCGGGGCCGCAAGUGGCGGCGACGGGGCCGCUGGAGGCGGCGACGGGGCUGAUAGGGGCGGCGACGGGGCCACAAGUGGCGGCGACGGGGCCGAUAGGGGCGGCGACGGGGCCGCUAGGGUCGGCGACGGGGCCGCUGGCGGCGACGGGGCCGCUAGGCGUUCUCACCUUUGACGCUGAGGGUCGAGCAGUGGACUUUGAGGUCUGGGUAGAUGAUCUGGAGCUUUUCCUGCAGUGCGAUAGGGCAGACGGCCUCUCCCUGUUUGACCUCACUUCUGGUGCCUCCCCUGCCCCUGCUGCUGAUGCUGACGCCACUGUUCGGUCACAGUGGGCCACACGUGACGUUGCUGCUCGCCUUGCUAUGCGCCGCCACUUACCGACCACUGAGCGUGCACACUUUAGCCAGUACAAGAGUGCUCAGACCUUGUACGACGCUGUAGUUGCACGCUACUCUUCCCCUGCCACUGCUGCACUGAGCCGCCUCAUGCUACCAUACCUCUUCCCUGACCUUGCUGCCUUUCCCACUGUCGCUGACCUCAUUACCCACCUCCGCACUAGUGACACUCGCUACCGCGCUGCGCUUCCUACUGAGUUCUGCGCCAAGAACCCCCCCCCCCAUGUACAUCACCCUCUACUACAUAUUCAUCCGUCUCCCUGA